AUGGGAAAAUACCAAGAAAAGACAAGAUUACUGUCUGAUGAAGUGUCCCAACAACUGCGACCCGGUCUCGCUACUGUAUUGAAGUCAGCUACAGGGGUUUUCCUAGCUCUGCUGUCCGGUGUCCUAGAUGCGUUCAACGGAAUAUUUUAUACUUUGAUUGCAUCGGGAGGUAUUCCUCCCAUACAAGUGGCCUUUCUCUACAGUAUUUCAGUGCUUGUCUUAUCCACAAUACCGGCACUUCUUUACCUUCAAGAUACAGUUCUUUUCAAGUCUGUCAAGAUCAAUACACUCCUUGUCGGGAUCGGAGCCGCCACUGCCGUCGGUAGUUCUACGGAAGUUUACGCUGUAUACCAUUUACCCCUUGGGAACGAGUACGCCGUGUACGCAGGAAUUACACCCAUAUUUUGUGCCGUGGGAUCUAUUAUAUUUAACGGAGAACGUCUAAAAAUUUCACACGUACUAGGUUUCCUUAUCAUUACAGCUGGAACCGUUUUAAUAAUGCGGCCAACUUUUAUAUUCGGUGAUAUAGAUACACCAAUGAACGAAACCAUUGUCAUGGACAGCCGCAUUGAUACCACUGGAUUUGCUUACACCAUGACUAUCUGCUCGUCUUUCUUCCACUCACUCUCUUGCAUUAUGUGGGAUGCAAUUUCAGACGAUGUCACGACUUUUGUUAAGAUAUUUUAUAUGAACUGUAUAUCAGGUCUUAUCUGCUUGACUCUAUCACUGGUUAUGGAAACGCAACUAUGGACUUGGAGUUUGAAGGAAAUAUCUUAUGUAUCUGCCUUGGCAUUAUGCUCUGCUAGCUUUGUUUGUGCGUUUCACAGUAGCCUGCAAAUGGAAGGGGCGGUGACCGUCAACUUGUUAACAAAUGUUCAAGUUGUCGUGGCAUUUAUUUUACAGGUGUGUAUAACUAAUAUACAACCAGGAAAGCUGGAUAUAGCUGGAACUGUUCUAGUCAUAUUGGGGUCGGCGGUUAUCUCCGUGUGUACGUGGUGGGAUCAUGUAAAGAAUCAAAGAAUGAACACGCAAUCAUCGAAGGCCAUUGACUACAAUAACGAGAUGGCCACCCCGUAA